AUGGGAAAGCUAUUUAAAUCAUCACCAUUCCAAAGGUUUCCAUCAUCAGCAAUAUUUAGUACCAAGAUUCUGGGAAUUGCGGUAUUCACUAUAUUCUUUGUAUUGGUAAUGGUCAAUCAAAUAGAAAUGGUCAUCAAUUCACAUCAAUUCAUUCCACUUCCAUCCAAUCAGUGGUCACAUAUAAGAAUAGUACCUCUACCGAUGAAUGUGACCAAUGGAACCGACGUCUAUUUCCUUCAUGACACAUUCACCUUUGAAACAACCUCUUCAAGUAAAAUAUUAAAAUCUGCAAUCCAAAGAUACCAUUCUCUCAUCUUUACACAACAAACAUCCAAUGGUAUCGAUAGUUCAUUCGAUCCAUUAAAUGAUAAAAUAGCCGGAUUUAAUUUGACUGAUAAUACAAAUAUUAAUCCAAAUUUUAUAAAUAAAUUGGUUAUUAAUAUAAUAUCAAAAGAUGAAACAUUACAAUUGGGGAUGGAUGAAAGUUAUAGUUUACUAUUAGAGACAAAGGGAUUCGAGUUGAAUGCCAAGACGGUAUUUGGUGCUUUGAGAGGGUUAGAAUCAUUUUCACAAAUGAUAGAAUACAGUCGAUUCAAUACUGCAUCCUCUUACUUUAUUCAACAUUGUCCUUGGAGGAUAUUUGACAAACCACGAUUCCAACAUAGAGGAACUCUCUUGGAUACAUCCAAACAAUAUAUUCCUAUCCAAGCCAUACAAUCUUUUAUCGAUGCUCUUUCCUAUUCAAAAUUUAAUGUAUUUCAUUGGCAUUUAAUAGUUGGUUCACAAAAAACACAAAGUAAUAACCAAACGUAUAGUCACAGUGAAAUUAAAACAAUUGUAGAAUACGCAAAAGAAAGAGGUAUUAGAGUACUUGUAGAAGUGGAUAUGCCAGCAGCAGGUCAAAAAUGUAAUAUUGCAUUUGACUCAUCAACAGACGAACCAUACGAAUUAGCAUUGGGAUUAAUGAAAGAGACAAGACAUUUAUUUCCAGAGAAUUUAAUACAUUUUGGAAGAUACAAAGAGAAUAUGGUAUGCAACGAUGACAAAGAUUCUUCAGAGGAAAUUAAAAAAGAUAGGAUCGAUAAAACAAAUACCGGUGUAUGGGAAUUCUUUCAAAGUAAAAUAGUUGAUUAUAUUCUUCAACAAGAGAAUCAAGAGAGAUCACCUGUAUUGUGGCAAAUGGAUGAUGAUGAUGAUAAUGACAACAACAACCUCUUGUCGAUCGAAAAUGAUGAAAGUUUAAUUCCAAAACAAGUUAUACUUCAAAUCAAUCAAUUAUCAACUUUACAACGAGCCAUUGAAAAUGGGUAUCGAGUGAUUGCUUCCAAUUCAUUUGGUGGUUUAAAUCAAACUUGGCAAUCAUUAUACAAUAAUGACUUUACAGUUAAUAUAACUAAUUCAGACCAACUUGCUAGAGUAUUGGGUGGUGAAACGAAUAUGGAAAUCACCCAGGUUGUCAUAGAUGAUGACAAAAAGAGUAUCAUUUCACAAGAUUGGAUCACUAGAAAUGCCGCAGCAGCUGAGAGAUUAUGGUCGCCUCCUUGUAUCAACGGUGCCGAUUUAGAAAGAGACGUAGAACCUCGUUUAGAAAGAUUCCAAUUACUUUUAAUGUCAAGAGUUAAUUAA